UUAUAACAAGAAGGCGCAAAUUAUUAAUACUAUGGACGACGGUGAAUGGAAAACCAUCGUCCAUAAUCGUAGCCGUUAAAACGCAAGCACCUUUUGAUCUCCGCAGCCGUUAAAACUCACGUAACUUUUGAUCUGAGCCGCGUGAACUCAAAAUCGGCGGUUAAUCACAUUAGGCCGUCCCCUGAUUCCUCCUUCUUCUCCCCCACGUACAUGGCGGUUGUCUUCUCCGGCUUUGUUGCCCACAACUCAAUCGCGUGUGGUGCUUUCUUUGAUAAGGAGUGUUAUUCCAUCUAAAUCGGUAACUGCACCACCACGAUCUCUGUUCCCGCCUAUAUAAGUCUUCAGUUUCACUGUAAAUGGUUCAAUGUUUCAAUCAAUUGCUUUGAAUUGAAAUCGCAGAUAGUUCUUUCCACCUUCCACUAGAAUUCUUUGUUUCUCCUCAUUACUGCUUAUAAUUGAUUAUGUUAUGGUGUUCGUGUUUCAAUUUUGAUGAACAAAGCCCUGAAUUCUACUACUGUUUGAGGAAUUGAGGGAACGACCCUCCUUCUUUAUCUUUCUCUUUCUAUCUACUGCAUCAAUGGGAAAGACGCAUACAUACACUUUAUUGGGUUCAUGUUAUAGAUUUGUUCACGAGUGUGUUUUCUACACCACUCUCAUUUUGUACGCUCCAUAUCUCCACCCAGCUCCUCCGGAUGGGUAUAGAAGAAAUAUCAGUAUCUAUCUCAUCAACUAUAAAGCUUCAUUGAGUGUACCAUUAUCAAACAAUAGUAGUAUUUUCAGUAAAGGGAACAAACUUCCAAAACAUGAAUUAGAAAUCUUGGAAAUUGAUGUUGAGCUAAUCACAAUCAAUGCUAUUAAGACUUUGAGAAAUGUACUCGAUUUUUCAUGUUUAAGUGUGUGUCACCAUUUUUCAGUCCAUACCUCUGAAAAAGGCCAUGGGGUUCAUAAAAGCCGAGGCAAUGAAAAAAUAUUUACAUGGAGACGAGGUUGAGAAAACGGAAGAGAAAUCGAGUUUAACAAACCCCUCGAUUUUCACAGUGAAAGAUAGCGAGAGUGAGAGAUAACGGCAUUGAUUCACUAACCUGGUGGAAGAUUGGAGAAGACAACCACCUGGUGGAAGAUUGCAGAAGACGAGUGGUUUGGAGAAGAAGAUUAGAAUGGUUUGGUGGG